AUGGAAAAUCAAGACAGCUACAAAGACCCAUUUGAAGACGCCAAAAGUCCCUUUCCUGGCCACCCAGGUGAAUCUGUCGAGAGAUCGGCACCAAGCAAGGGCAAGGGAGAUGUGUUGCAGCCAAGCAACCAGAAGAUGCAGCCGAAUGAUACCGAUGAGCUUAUCGUGAAAAUGAUCAAGAAAUCUUCAUCAACCGCUGAGAGGCUCAAACAACUCGAUGGAUUGCUUAAAAUGGCAAUUGAGAAAAUCCUGCUCGAGAAAGUCGACAACGACGCUUCGAUGCGUGAAAUGCUCGAUCCGUUGACAACCCAGAUGAACAUAGAGUUGGAUGCAUUCGAAGCGCGUAUAAAUAACAACGACGAAUUGAAAGAGCUCAUCGUGGCAACAAAGAUACGCGAUGCCGAUAACGAGGAUCUUUCCUCGGAUGAAAGUAAGCUGCUCGAGAACCUUAACUCGAUCCGCGAAGAGUAUGGAGGUAACGUUAGACGCGCUCAGAAUAUCAUCAACACUGCCACCAAGCAGCGUGAAGAAGCCGAGGCUAAAGUGGCCGCAGAGGAGGCUGAGCGCAUUGAACGCGUUAACGAGACGAUAAAUCAAGUUAUCACGCUUAAUAAGCAGCUCACGCCUCUCAUAAAUCUUGCAAAAUCUACCGUGAAAGCCACUACCCACGAGAAGGAAUCGAUCAUUACUCAACUUUCAUCACUUGUAGAACAGGCUGAGAUUAUCGUAGAUGAUGCUAAGUGGCUGGAUGAUAAGGAAGAGCACUACUACAAGGCUACGAUUGAGUUAAGUCGCAGUAACGCAGCAAACCGCUCAGCAACACCUGAAGACUACAGAUUAAUCGAUGAGUUAAAGAAGCUAGAGCAGCUUUUGAAUGUUGAGUUGGUUGAUAUUCGCAAGGCAAUUGAAAAUUUGAGCGGUGAACUCAACCAACAAGUCCAAGAAGCUGAAGAGACUGAAAAGACUUUAGUAAGCUCCAUUCACGAACUUUGCAAUACAGUAGAUCGCACCAGAUAUCGCAUCCGUCCAAUACUCCGCAUGAUGAAAGAUGUAAUUGACGAGAACGAAUCGAAGAAGGAAGUCGAUAUUAAAGAGCUCAACGAUCGCUUGAGACCCUUGAUAAACCAAUCUCUUGGACUACAUGAGAGUGCCCUUGCUGAAAUACGCCAAUUUGAUCCAAAGAAGGAGCUAGAAAAGGCUUCAUUGGCGCGAGUUGCCGUUGGACAGGGCACCACUGACGAUGUCCGUCUGAGUGAUGGAAUUAAAGAUAUUGAAUCACAGCCUUUACAAAUCGAAGAAGCUAAAAAAUUCCUUAAACAUCACGAACGCAUCCAGGAUGAAGCUGAUGCAUUGAAAGAUGAGGAACAGAAAAAGAUCGAGUGGCUGAUCAACGAGUUGUCAGAUAUAGUUGAGACGGGAUGGUCGAGAAUUAAGCCAUUGUGCGACAUGAUCGACGAUGCUAUCAACACAGCAAGUCAAAUACCAGACGAAGAGAUGGAUGAACAGAAGCAGAAAGCGCUAUCUGAUAAAGUUAUACCGCUUUGCGAACAAGCUCAAGCCAUCCUCUACGAAACUCAAGGACAGGUUGAAGGUUUUGAUAGACACGCUCAAAUUCUCAAACUCGCUAAGCAGCACGUUGAGUCUAAUGAAGCAUCUGCUGAAGAGAACAGACUGGCAGAGAAGCUGACCGAGCUCACUGAAACUGUCGCGAGAACUAUCGAGAAUGCCAAAUCCAAAUUAGCCAACAUGCAAUAUGCCAAGAGAGACAUACUGCCAAUAUUAGGGUUGCUUUCGAAUCCGAUCACACAGAUUUUAGGUGCUGUUGGGUUAUUACUCACAGGUGUACUCAACCUGGUCGGCACCCUCCUCAGUGGACUGGGACUGGGUGGAGUAGUCAAUGGUAUUCUGCGCGGUCUGAGACUCGACAAGAUACUGUAUUCAGUUACGGGCAUCAAGCUUGACAGCUUGCGUCUUAAGUGA